CAACAUACCGCCAAGAACUUGCCUGGCUAGUACAGGUCUGUGUGAUGUUGCGCAUAAACUUUCCUCCAACACGCCCUCAGAUAGAAAUACAGACUACUUGUCAUAUUUUGACAACGCUGCAGCGUUUCCUAACACUUCAGGGCUGGAAGAGGUCUACGUCUCCGUGGAUUAUAGAGACCAGCAGAUCACCAGAGCGCAGCGCGACCAAACUUGGACCUGAAGGAUUUAAGGAAAGUCAACAUGAGCAGAUGUCUGAUUAGCAAGUUGGAGGUGGAAAAGUUCAUUGUGAACUGUAUGACAGCCGUGGGCACUAAGCCGCAUCAUGCCCGCAGCCUGGCCGAGGUGCUGGUGGAGGGAGACCACAGAGGACACUACAGCCAUGGACUCAACCGGAUGGACAUGUAUGUAAAGGACAUCCAAACAGGGAUCUGUGCCAAGGACGGUGAGCCUGUGGUGGAAAAGGAGAGUGCAGCCACAGCACUGGUGGAUGGGAAAAACCUCCUGGGUCCUGUGGUGGGAAACUUCUGCAUGAAACUGGCCAUUAAGAAGGCAAAAGAAGCUGGAAUUGGCUGGGUGGUGGCACAUGGUUCCAAUCACUACGGCAUUGCAGGAUACUACUCAAUGCAAGCGCUAAAGGAAAACAUGAUCGGCAUGUCAUUUACCAACACAUCCCCACUGGUGGUUCCUACACGUGGUAAAGAGUGCACUUUGGGGACCAACCCCAUCAGCGUGGCAGCGCCUGCUAAAGACGGAGACAGCUUUGUUCUGGAUAUGGCCACAUCAGCAGUAGCACUUGGAAAGGUGGAGCUCUAUGAACGGAGUGGAGACCCCAUCCCCGAGGGCUGGGGCUGUGAUGCCCAGGGCAAGCUGACCACCGACCCUAAGAGAGUUUUGAGUGGAGGAGGACUGGUGCCCAUCGGCGGCAGUGAAGCCACAGGAGGGUACAAAGGCUUCGGUCUGGGAAUGAUGGUGGAGGUGUUCUGUGGUAUCUUGGCCGGUGCCCAGUACAGCAAUCAUGUCCGCACGUGGAAAGUAACGGACCGGGUUGCCAACCUGGGUCAGUGUUUUGUUGCAAUCAACCCAGAGAACUUUGCUCCUGGGUUUGCCGACAGGAUGUCAGACCUGCUGUCCAUCCACAGAGGGAUGGACCCUGCUGACCCAAACACCCCUGUUUUGGCUGCUGGAGAUCCAGAAAGGAUGAACAUAAAGAAGUGUGAGGAGAUGGGUGGGAUCCCCUACCACAUCAAUGUUGUUAACUACAUGAACGAAUGUGCGAAGAGAGUUGGUGUCAGCCCACUGCUACCAUGCAACAAUCUUGUCAAUUAGUUAGUGAAAUCAAGAUUCUCUGCAUUGGAAAUCUGGAUUUUCUGCUUAUCUUGAAAUUGAUAUUGAGCUACUUAGAAAUGCAACAUUGUUUAAGGACAUAAUACAUCAUAUUUUAUUCAUUUUAACCUUGUCAGGUGCAAUCAGGUUUUUUGAUGAUCCUCCAAACAAAUGACAGACUAUGACCUCUUCAGAUAAACAAGGCAGAUUUUUUUUAUACAGACACGUGGAAUACGUGCAUAGAGACAGGAAAACGCACACAAAGCAUCUCAACAGAUUUGACAUUGCUUCUAUGCAUCUCACUGCAUUAAACAUCAUGAGUUGCAUAUGUUAAAUGUCUUCAUCGUAAAACCUGGUA